UGUGUGUUCUACAGUCCGGUCCUGAAGGUGAAUGUGGACACACUCCGCUCCUCCCCCCUCUUGAGCUCCCAAGAACCUCCUCAUGAAACCAGAGCCAGCCUGAGCAGAGCCCCUCCCCCGCCCAGCGGCUGCUGCUUCUUCUUCAGGUGUCACGUGUGUGGCUUUGAGAUGGAGGGGCGGAGCCUGUUCCAGAGUCACAUGACGGACCACCGCCAAUGGGAGCACGACUCCUUCUCGCUGCACUGCUGCUUGUGCGACCACUCGACCAAUCAGGAGGCCGAGAUGAGGGCUCACGCCCACACGCACCUGCAGGGGCUCCUGGGAGCCGAGGGAGAGACGAGAUGCCCCGUCACCUCGUCCUCCGCCUCCCCGUCAGUUGCCGUGGCAACCCGUCCGGGGACCGCCGGCGCCUCGGAGCCUCACCGCUGCCGCAUCUGCCAGAGGUCGUUUCCGGGGCAACAGGAGCUGCUGGUGCACUUCCAGGGUCAUCGCCAGGGCAACCAGUACCGCUGCGACCGCUGCGGUCACCUGACGCGCACCGCCAACAAGCUGGUGGAGCACGUGCGCGUGCACACGGGCGAGCGGCCCUUCACCUGCGACCUCUGCCCCUACAGCGCCAAGCGCAGGGACAGCCUGCGCCUGCACUGCAAGGUCAAGCACCCGGGCCACGCCCACCGCGCCCACGUGGGCGGCGACCAGCUCUCGAACAAACACCUGCAGCGGCUGCACACCGCCUCCUGCUCCUCCUCCCUCCCUCCUCUUCAUCCCUCGCUCUCCCACCGGGCCGGGUGGAGGGACUUGUCUCCUCUGCUCCCCAUCACCACGCUCAUCUCCCUGAAGCCACGCCCUCCUUCCUCCUCCUCUCCUUCGUCCUCCUCGUCUUCCUCCUCUAAAAACUCCUUCCUCGGUUACCUCGGCCUGACACCUCCUUUGUGAAAGCUUCUUUUCUCCUCUCUUUGUCUCCUCCUCCCUUUUCCUCUUCUAUCCAUCUUCUUCUUGUUUCGUUGUUUCUUCUUCUCUCCUCCUGUUCUAUCUUCCUCUACUCUCCUUCCCCAUCACCCUCCUCUUCUCCUCCUCUCCCACCCUUCUUGUCUCCUCCCUCUGCUAUCCACCCUCUCUGCCUCUCCUCUUCUUUCUUAUUCUCUUCUUUCUCCCUCCCCUCUGUUCCUUGUCUCCUCCUCCUCCCUUCCUUCUCCUCUUCUCUUUACCCUCUCUGCCUAUCCCCUUGUUUCUUCUCCUC